GUUUUCAUAGGUUCACAGUAACAAAAGCACCAUGGAGUUUUAUGAGUCAACAUAUUUUGUUGUCCUUAUUCCUUCAGUAGUUAUAACAGUAAUUUUCCUCUUCUUCUGGCUUUUCAUGAAAGAAACAUUAUAUGAUGAAGUUCUUGCAAAGCACAAAAGAGAACAAAAGCUCGUUCCUACAAAAACAGAUAAAAAGAAGGCAGAAAAGAAAAAGAAUAAAAAGAAAGAAAUCCAGAAUGGGAACCUGCACGAAUCAGAUUCUGAAAGUGUGCCUCGAGACUUUAAAUUAUCUGAUGCUUUGGCUAUAGAAGAUGAGCAAGUUGUACCUGUUGCAUUGAAUGUAGCUGAAACCUCAAGUAGUGUGAGGGAAAGAAAGAAGAAGGAAAAUAAACAAAAACCUUUACUUGAAGAGCAGGUCAUCAAAAAAAGUGAUAUAUCGAAGAUUCCUGGCAAAAAAGUAGAACCUGUCCCAAUUACAAAACAGCCCACCCCACCCGCUGAAGCAGCCAUCUCAAAGAAGAAACCAGGGCAGAAGAAGGCUAAAAAUGGAAGCGUCAAUAAAGAUGACCAAGAUAAAAAAGUGGAGACUCUGAUUGCACCAGUGAAAAAACAAGAAGUACUACCCUUCCACCAAGUGACUAAACACGAAAGUGGAUCAGGAAAAAAGAAAGUUUCAUCAAAGAAACAGAAGACAGUCAAUGUCUUGGUAGAUGAACCCCUUAUUCAUGCAAGUACUUACAUUCCUUUGAUGGAUAAUGCUAACUCAAGUCUUGUGGUGGAUAAGAGAGAAGUUAUUGAUCUCAUGAAACCUGACCAAGUAGAAGGGAUCCAGAAAUCUGGGUCUAAAAAACUGAAGAUGGAAGCUGACAAAGAAAAUGCUGAAGUGAAAUUUAAAGAUUUUCUUCUGUCCUUGAAGACCAUUAUGUUUUCUGAAGAUGAGGCCCUUUGUGUUGUAGACCUACUGAAGGAAAAGUCUGGUGUGAUACAAGAGGUUUUGAAGAAGUCAAAUAAAGGAGAACUGACCGCACUUCAGCAUCAGCUUCAGGAAAAGGACAAAUUGCUUGCCGCUGUGAGGGAAGGGGCUGCUGCUGUGAAGGAGAGGUGUAAGCAGCUCACCCAGGAAAUGAUGACAGAGAAAGAAAGAAGCAAUGUAGUUAUAGCAAGGAUGAAAGAUAGGAUUGAAACAUUAGAAAAGGAACAUAAUGUAUUUCAAAACAAAAUACAUGCCAGUUACCAAGAGACUCAGCAGAUGCAGAUGAAGUUUCAGCAAGUCCGUGAACAGAUGGAAGCAGAGAGAGCUCACCUGAAGCAGGAAAACGGGAUCCUGAGAGAUGCUGUCAGCAGCGCCACAAAUCAACUGGAGAGCAAGCAGUCUGCAGAACUAAAUAAACUGCGCCAGGAUUGUGCUAGGCUGGUGCAUGAGCUGACUGAAAAAACAGGGCAGCUCCAACAGGAGGAAGUCCAAAAGAAGAGUGCUGAGCAGGCAGCUACUCAGUUGAAGGUUCAACUCCAGGAAGCUGAGAGAAGGUGGGAAGAAGUUCAAGCCUUUAUCAGGAAAAGAACAGCAGAACACGAGGCAGCACAGCAAGAUUUACAGGGUAAAUUUGUGUCCAAAGAAAAUGAAGUACAGAGCCUGCAUAGUAAACUUACGGAUACCUUGGUCUCGAAACAACAGUUGGAGCAGAGAUUAAUGCAGUUAAUGGAAUCAGAGCAAAAAAGGGUAAACAAAGAAGAGUCUCUACAAAUGCAAGUUCAGGAUAUUUUGGAGCAGAAUGAGGCCUUGAAAGCACAAAUUCAACAGUUUCAUUCCCAGAUAGCUGCCCAGACCUCUGCUUCAGUUCUAGCAGAAGAGUUACAUAAAGUGAUUGCUGAAAAAGAUAAGCAGAUAAAGCAAACUGAAGAUUCCCUAGCAAGUGAACAUGAUCAUCUGACUAGUAAAGAGGAGGAGCUUAAGGAUAUGCAGAAUAUGAAUUUCUUAUUAAAAGCUGAAAUGCAGAAAUUACAGGCUCUGGCAAAUGAGCAGGCUGCUGCAGCACAUGAAUUGGAGAAAAUACAGAAAAGUAUUCAUGUUAAGGAUGAUAAAAUAAGAUUGCUUGAAGAUAAGUUACAAUGUGAAAUUUCAAACAAAAUGGAGGAAUUUAAGAUUCUUAAGGAUCAAAACAAAGCAUUAAAGUUAGAAGUUCAAAGACUGCAGACUCUUAUUUCUGAACAGCCCCAUAAAGAUGUUGUGGAACAAAUGGAAAAAUGCAUUCAAGAAAAAGAUGAGAAGUUAAAGACUGUAGAAGAAUUACUUGAAACUGGACUUAUUCAGGUGGCCACCAAAGAGGAGGAACUGAAUGCAAUAAGAACAGAAAAUUCAUCUCUGAAAAAAGAAGUUCAAGACUUAAAGGCUAAGCAAAAUGAUCAGGUUUCUUUUGCUUCUCUAGUUGAAGAACUUAAGAAUGUGAUCCAUGAGAAAGAUGGAAAGAUCAAAUCUAUAGAAGAACUUUUGGAAGCUGAACUUCUCAAAGUUACUAAUAAGGAGAAAACUGUUCAGGAUUUGAAACAGGAAAUAGAGGCUCUAAAAGAAGAAAUAGGAAAUGUCCAGCUUGAAAAGGCUCACAAGUUAUCUAUCACUUCUCAAGUUCAGGAGCUUCAGAAUUUAGUAAAAGGAAAGGAGGAACAGGUGAAUACCACGAAGAUUAUUUUAGAAGAGAAGGAGAAAGACCUAGCAAAUAGAGGGAAAUGGUUACAGGAUCUCCAAGAAGAAAAUGAAUCUUUAAAGGCUCAUGUUCAAGAAGCACAACAUGACUUGGAAGAGGCACAUUCUGCAUCACAAUUGGAAGAACUUGAAAUUGUGUUGAAACAAAAGGAAAAUGAAAUGAAGAUAGUGGAAGCUAUGCUAAAAGAGAGGGAGACUCAUCUUUCUAGCAAAACAAAGCUGUUACAGGAGGUGCAAGAUGAAAACGAAUUACUUAAAUCCCAGAUUGAGCAGCUUAAGCAACAGAAUUACCAACAAGCCUCUUUUCCUUCUCAUGAAGAAUUAUUAAAAGUAAUUUCAGAAAGAGAGAAAGAAAUAACUGGUCUCCAGAAUGAAUUAGAUUCUUUGAAGGAUGCUGUUGAACAUCAGAGGAAGAAAAACAAUGACCUUCGGGAGAAAAACUGGGAAGCAAUGGAAGCGUUGGCAUCAACUGAAAAAAUGCUGCAGGACAAAGUGAACAAGACUUCCAAGGAAAGGCAGUAUGUGGAAGCUGUUGAGUUGGAGGCUAAAGAAGUUCUUAAAAAAUUAUUUCCAAAGGUGUCUGUCCCUUCUCAUUUGAGUUACAGUGAAUGGUUGCAUGGAUUUGAAAAGAAAGCAAAAGAAUGUAUAGCUGGAAUUUCAAGUUCAGAAGAAGUUAAGGUUUUAGAGUUUAAGUUGAAAGAAGCUGAUGAAACACACACACUGUUACAGCUGGAGUGUGAUACAUAUAAGUCAGUCCUUGCAGAAACAGAAGGAAUUUUACAGAAGCUACAGAAAAGUGUGGAGGAAGAGGAAAAUAAAUGGAAAGUUAAGGUCGAUGAAUUACAAAAGACAAUUAAGCAGCUGAGAAGAGAACGAGAGCAUUUGGAGAUGGAGCUAGAGAAGGCAGAAAUUGAACGAUCUACCUAUGUUACAGAAGUGAGAGAGCUGAAAGACCUGUUGACUGAAUUGCAGAAAAAACUUGAUGAUUCAUAUUCUGAAGCAGUAAGACAGAAUGAAGAGCUAAAUUUGUUGAAGACACAGUUAAAUGAAACACUCACAAAACUUAAAACGGAACAAAGUGAAAGACAGAAAGUAGCUGGUGAUUUGGAUAAGGCACAACAGUCACUGGAUCUUAUCCAGUCAAAAAUAGUACAAGCUGCUGUAGAUACUACUGUUAUUGAGAAUAGUGAUGUUUCCCCAGAACUGGAGUCUUCUGAAAAGGAGACCAUGUCUGUAAGUCUAAAUCAGACUAUAGCACAGCUACAGCAGUUGCUUCUGGCUGUAAACAAACAGCUCACAAAGGAGAAAUGACACUACCAACUUUGGAGUGAAGUAAUGGGGAAACUGUUCGAUUGAGGAUAACAGAAGGCAUUGUAUUAUAUAUU